AGAAAAGAGCCAUUAUGAGUAUGUUUAUGUGUCUGAGCAAGAUUAUUGUUCUGUGAUAAGAUCUGAUUCUGUUAAUAUUUGACUCCAGUUGAUCCUAAAAGUUGAGUCUAAAGUUCAGAUUAGUUAUUUGAUCAGACACAUCAUAUUUCCUUCAGAUAACACUUGAGAAAACGUUGGACUCUGUUUCCUGUUCAAAGCAGCAGAAUAUCUUCAGACGCUCAACAGCUUCAUGACGAUUAUUUCUUCAGAAGCAGGUGGCGCUCGGCUAUGAAUCAGAUCAUGGACAGUGAAGAGGAAGCUCCGCCCUCUAAAAUCACUAUUUGUGAGGAACAUGACGGUCAGAGAUCAUUAAAGAGAUCAAUCUAUAAGAAAUCACAGAGGAGGGUCCAUCAACAGGGACCAGACUCUGCCAGUCCUGGACCUGGACCUAGCUGUGUGUCCAUGAAGAGUGACCAGUCUAUAGGUCGUCUUAUUGACUUCAAGGAUGGACAAAAACAUGGUGAACUGAUAGUUGAUCAGCAGAGGACAGAGGUUCUCAGUGGUCAGUCUGUCCAGUGGCAUCGAGCAGACCUGGACUCCAUAUUUAAGCUGCUGGAGGAGAACAUCAUCUGCUUUGUGAAGAACGAGCUGAAGAACAUCCAGAAGGUUCUGGGUACGGAUCACACAAAAGUCUCAGAGAGUUGGGAAGAAGAUAGAGACUUGUUGGAUGGUGAGGAUGAGGAGCAGAGGAGGAGCAGAGAGGCCUUUCUGAAGAUCACAGAUAACUUCUUGAGGAGGAUGAAGCAGGAGAAGCUAGCUGACUGUCUACAGAGAAAAACCAGAGCUCCAUCUGAACGUAAACUCAAAUCAAACCUAAAGAAGAAGUUCCAGUAUUUGUUUGAGGGUGUGGCUAAAGCAGGAAACCCCACCCUUCUUAAUGAGAUAUUCACAGAGCUUUACAUCACAGAGGGAGGGACUGGAGAGGUCAACGAAGAACAUGAGGUCAGACAGAUUGAAAAAGCUUCAUGGAAACCAGACAGACCAGAAACAACCAUCAGACAAGAAGACAUCUUCAAAGCAACAGCUGGAAGAAACGGACCAAUCAGAAGAGUGAUGACAAAGGGAGUGGCUGGCAUUGGGAAAACAGUCUUAACACAGAAGUUCACUCUGGACUGGGCUGAAGACAAAACCAACCAGGACAUACAGUUCAUGUUUCCCUUCACCUUCAGAGAGCUGAAUGUGCUGAAAGAGAAGAAGUACAGUUUGGUGGAACUCAUCCAUCACUUCUUCACUGAAACCAAAGAAGCAGGAAUCUGCAGGUUUGAAGACUUUAGGGUAGUCUUCAUCUUUGAUGGUCUGGAUGAGUGUCGACUUCCUCUGGACUUCCACAACACUGAGAUCCUGACUGAUGUCACAGCAUCCACCUCAGUGGACGUGUUGCUGACAAACCUCAUCAAAGGGAAUCUGCUUCCCUCUGCUCGCCUCUGGAUAACCACACGACCUGCAGCAGCCAAUCAGAUCCCUCCUGACUGUGUUGACAUGGUGACAGAGGUCAGAGGGUUCACGGACCCACAGAAGGACGACUACUUCAGGAAGAGGUUCAGAGAUGAAGAGCAGGCCAAGAGGAUCAUCUCCCACAUCCAGACAUCACGAAGCCUCCACAUCAUGUGCCACAUCCCAGUCUUCUGCUGGAUCACUGCAACUGUUCUGGAGAACAUGUUGAAACCCAGAGAUGGAGAAGAACUGCCCAAGACCCUGACUGAGAUGUACAUCCACUUCCUGGUGGUUCAGUCCAAAGUGAAGGUCAAAUAUGAUGGAGGAGCUGAGACAGAUCCCCUCUGGAGUCCAGAGAACAGGAUGAUGGUUGAGUCUCUGGGGAAACUGGCUUUUGAGCAGCUGCAGAAAGGAAACCUGAUCUUCUAUGAAUCAGACCUGACAGAGUGUGGCAUUGAUAUCACAGCUGCUUCAGUUUACUCAGGAGUCUUCACUCAGAUCUUUAAAGAGGAGAGAGGCCUGUACCAGGACAAGGUCUUCUGCUUUGUCCAUCUGAGUGUUCAAGAGUUUCUGGCUGCUCUUCAUGUCCAUCUGACCUUCAUCACCUCUGGAACAAAUCUGUUGUCAGAAGACCCAACAAUGAGCCAGUGGUCCAGACUGUUUAGAAACAAACCUGAACUGAAUCAUCUGCACCAGAGUGCUGUAGACAAGGCCUUACUGAGUCCAAAUGGACACCUGGACUUGUUCCUCCGCUUCCUCCUUGGUCUUUCAAUGAAGACCAAUCAGAAGCUCUUAAGAAGUCUACUGACACAAACAGGAAGUGGUUCACGGACCAAUCAGAAAACAGUUAAAUACAUUAAGAUGAUGAUAAUCAAUGAGAAUCUGUCAGCAGAGAGAAGCAUCAACCUGUUCCACUGUCUGAAUGAACUGAACCACUGUGCUCUUGUGAAGGAGAUCCAAGAGUCCCUGAGAUCUGGACAUCUGUCCACAAAGACACUGUCUCGUGCUCAGUGGUCAGCUCUGGUCUUCAUCUUACUGUCAUCAGGAAAAGAUCUGGAAGAUUUUGACCUGAAGAAAUACUCUGCUUCAGAGGAGGCUCUUCUGAAGCUGGUGCCAGUGGUCAAAGCCUCCAACAAAGCUCUACUGAGUGACUGUAACCUCUCAGAGAGAAGCUGUGAAGCUCUGUCCUCAGUCCUCAACUCUCUGUCCUCUACUCUGAGACACCUGGACCUGGGUAACAAUGACCUGCAGGAUUCAGGAGUGAAGCUGCUGAGUGAUGGACUGAAGAGUCCUCACUGUUCUCUGGAGACUCUCAGGUCAGAACCCAGUUUAUUUGACAGUUGAUAUUUUAAAUCCUGUUUUAGCUUCUUUAGGUUCUUGUUGAUGAAGAUGCUCAAAAUCUUCAGUAUUUCUGAAUCACUAAGUUUAUCAUAUCUUCUUAACUCCAGUCUGUCAGGUUGUCUGGUCACAGAAGAAGGAUGUUCUUCUCUGACCUCAGCUCUGAACUCCAACCCCUCCCCCCUGAAAAUCCUUGACCUGAGUAACAAUAAUCUGCAGGAUUCAGGAGUUAAGCUGCUGUGUGAUGGAUUGAAGAGUCCUCACUGUUCUUUGGAGACUCUCAGACUGAGUGACUGUAACCUCUCAGAGAGAAGCUGUGAAGCUCUGUCCUCAGUCCUCAGCUCUCUGUCCUCCACUCUGAGACAUGUGGACCUAAGUAACAAUGACCUGCAGGAUUCAGGAGUGAAGCUGUUUUGUGAUGGACUGAAGAGUCCUCACUGUUCUCUGGAGACUCUCAGUCUGUCAGGUUGUCUGGUCACAGAGGAAGGAUGUUCUUCUCUGACCUCAGCUCUGAAUUCCAACCCCUCCCAUCUGAGAGAACUGGACCUGAGCUACAAUCAUCCAGGAGACUCAGGAAAGAAGCUGCUGUCUGCUGGACUGAAGAGUCCACGCUGGAGACUGGACACUCUCAGGAUGGACCAUGCUGGAGAGCAGAGGUUAAAACCUGGUCUCAGGAAGUAUUCAUGUGAACUGGAACCAGAUACAAACACAAUGAACAGAAAACUCCAACUGUCUGACGACAACAGGAAAGUGACCAAUGUGACUGAAGAUCAGUCGUAUCCUGAUCAUCCAGACAGAUUUAAGUUCUGUCCUCAGCUGCUGUGUAGAACUGAUCUGACUGGUCGCUGUUACUGGGAGGUUGAGUGGAGAGGAAAUGUUAAUAUAUCACUGAGUUACAGAGGAAUCAAGAGGAAAGUAAAGGGUUUUGACUGUUUGUUUGGAAAUAAUGAUCAGUCCUGGAGUCUGAGCUGCUCUGAUGGUGGUUACUCUGUCUGUCACUGUAGAACUACAAUAUUCAUCAGGUCACACUAUGUCUCUCCCCGAGUAUCAGUGUAUGUGGACUGUCCUGCUGGGACUCUGUCCUUCUACAGCGUCUCCUCUGACUCACUGAUCCACCUCCACACCUUCAGGGCUACAUUCAGUGAACCGGUUUAUCCUGGGUUCUAUAUCUGGCCAGGUUCCUCAGUGUCUCUAUGUUCUCUGUAGGACAUGAAGAGACAGCCGCUUCAGUCGAGAUUUGAGUCAUGAAGGUGGUAUUAGAGAACUGUAUGUGCUCACACGAGUUUUUGACAAUUGAUUUGGAGCAACUUUCCUGUCAGAUAAAGUCAAACCAUUAAACCAAAGAGGUUUAAUGAUACGAUCCAUGUAGGCAUUGAUUCUGUUGUUGUUGUCCUUCUCUCCUUUUGAUGUACAUCACUGAUCAUUUCAGGACAAUCCUGUCCUGAUAAUAUAACUGUGCCAAAUGUGGCUUGACUGUGGAACUGUGCGGAAGAAGAACAUCUUACUCAAUGACAAUAAAUAAAGCAGCAAAGAUAA